AUGGAAAAAUGGAUGGAAUUAACAGCUCCUUUCAUUGAAAACGUUCCAGGUCCGAAAUCUCUCGGUACAACGUUGAAAUUAAUGAAAACAGUCGAUGAACAACGAAUCCAUGCAUACAAUCAUUCAUACCAAGAAGUGAAAUCUCCAAUAGACCCAAGAUUAACCAAAUUAACCAUUGAUUCAGAGUUAUAUCCAGCAUUAGAAGCAAUAAUUUACGAAUUACGUACUUACAACACGAAACCAAUACUUAAACCUUCCAAAUCAAUGGAAAAAUUCAACGAUCUUCGUUUGGAUUCUCUUGAUUCAAGAAUUGAAUUAAAUUCCCAGAAACACCUUUAUUCUCUUCUUACUCUAUCCAAAUAUAAUCCCACCAUGAUCGACCCAUUAAAAUACGAAGAGGCGCUAAGGAUGACUCUCUAUUACAAAACGUCAAAAUAUCAUAGAUUGUCUGUGCUUAGUUUAAUGGAAGAACUACUUAACAGACAGCAUACAGAUAUUAAUAAGUUGUUCCAGAAUGAUAUAUAUUUGUUCUACGCCUUUGCUAUCUUAAUUUCAGAAUUUUCGCCAAAUAAUGUUUCAAUUUUAGCUCCAGCUCCCAAACUAAAUGGAUCCUCGAAUAACAUUAUAGUGUUCAAUCAUGCCAAUUCCUCGUUUUUGGAGCUCUACUACACUUUAAUAAUUUUCAAGCGUUUCGAACGGAAAAAGGAAGAAUUUCCUAAUGCAUAUCACUUAUUUAGUGAUAGAAUCAAUGGUUUGUCAUUCCAAUCCAACGAAAUCUUGAAAACUUUUACAUCUGAUUUAUUAUCCGCCGUAAAAGAGAAUUUGAACGAGAAUUCACUUGAUUACAUCAGUUUAACAUACUUCUUGAUCAUUAUAUCAGCUGCACUGUUCCUAGAACAGUUCCUUGUCAAUCCAGAAUUUCCAUUUUUCACUUUUCUGAAGAAUAUCUACCAAAUUGAUGCGAAAAAGACCAUUAGGUUCUGUGAACAAUUGUUUAUCACUAAAUCAGCAGCAGUUACCAUGUUGCCGCUGCUUUUUGAGAUGUUUUCCCAGCAUUAUCCGGAAGAUUUCGCAAUUGACUAG